GCUACUUGAGUUGCACUAGUUGUAUAUUAGUUUUCCGAUUGUGUGGUGUUAUUUAAUAUUUGUCAAACAUUUUAUUAAAAUUCAGUACAGAAAAUAUUCGUUCGCCAUCGGUUCGCUGCUGUUUGCUCGGUAUCGUGUAAUUUUUUAAAAAUUAUAUAUUAAAUAAUACACAAAUUUAGUCUGGUUGGAAAUUCUAUUGAGUAUUCCACAGUAAAAUAAUCCUUUGGUAAAUUAUUAUCUGCCUGUUCACGAGAAAAUAUUUCUAAAAUGGCAUUACAACAUCAAGAAGUUGGAGUCAGUGAUUUUGUGCUCCUUGAUCAAAUAACAAUGGAUAAAUUUAUGGAUAACCUAAAAAAAAGGUUUCAAAAUGGUUCUAUAUAUACCUACAUAGGUGAAGUUUGUGUAUCCAUGAACCCAUAUCGACAAAUGGGCACAUAUGGCUCUGAUGUAAUAAAUAAAUAUAAAGGUCGGGAGUUGUUCGAGAAUCCACCCCACAUUUAUGCUAUCGCUGAUGCCGCAUACAGGAUUUUGAAGCAACGGCAUCAAGAUACAUGUAUCCUCAUAUCUGGUGAAUCUGGUGCGGGUAAAACAGAAGCGUCUAAAAUUAUUAUGAAAUAUAUUGCAGCCGUUACUAACAUACAUGGACAGAACGAAAUUGAAAGAGUAAAAAAUGUGCUAUUGCAAAGUAAUUCAAUUCUUGAGACAUUUGGAAAUGCAAAAACAAAUCGGAAUGAUAAUUCCAGCCGAUUUGGAAAAUACAUGGAUAUUGAAUUUGACUAUAAAGGAGACCCAGUAGGCGGCAUAAUUACAAAUUAUUUGCUAGAAAAGUCUCGGGUGGUGCAACAACAACCGGGAGAACGGAAUUUUCAUAGCUUCUAUCAGCUCUUGCGUGGUGCUAGUGAUAACGAAUUGCAAAAAUGUGAUUUAUCAAAAGAUCCUAGCAGAUAUCAUUAUAUGAAUCAAGGUAGUAUGGAAUUACUUUCUGAAAAAGCAGAUUAUAAAGGCACAAACAAUGCUUUUAAAACAUUGGGGUUUUCUACUGAUGAACUGCAAACUAUAUGGCAGAUUUUGGCAGCUAUUCUACACUUGGGAAAUAUUGAAUUUAAAUCAGUCGAAGACGAUCUAGUUAUAAGUAAUAAACAGCAUUUGGAAUCUGCAUCGAAAUUAUUGCAAGUAACAGAAAAUGAACUAUCUAAUUCGUUAACAAUGCGAAUUAUUGCCGCUGGUGGUAAUGUUAUGCAAAAAGAACACGAUGUCACACAAGCUGAAUAUGGAAAGGAUGCUUUGGCUAAAGCAAUAUACGAUCGUUUAUUCACUUGGAUUAUUUCUCGUAUAAAUCGAGCAAUCCUAUUUCGUGGUUCGAAAACUCAAGCGCGUUUCAAUUCAGUGAUUGGCGUUUUAGACAUUUACGGAUUCGAAAUUUUUGACAACAAUAGUUUUGAGCAGUUUUGCAUAAAUUAUUGCAAUGAAAAAUUGCAACAGUUAUUUAUUGAACUGGUUCUUAAACAGGAGCAGGAAGAAUACCAAAGAGAAGGUGUAGAAUGGACCAACAUUGAAUACUUUAAUAACAAGAUAAUCUGUGACUUAAUUGAAAAACCACAUAAAGGUAUGAUAGCUAUUAUGGAUGAGGCUUGUCUCUCAGUGGGUAGAAUCAACGACGAAACACUCUUAAGUGCUAUGGAUAAAAAUCUUAGCUCCCAUCCUCAUUUCAGUAGUCGACAAUUGAAACCAAUGGACAAGGAACUUAAACAUCGCGAAGAUUUUCGGAUAACACACUACGCUGGUGAUGUAAUUUAUAAUAUCACUGGAUUCAUUGAAAAGAAUAAAGAUACAUUGUAUCAGGAUUUCAAGCGACUAUUGCAUCACUCCAAAAAUGUUAAUUUGAGCGAAAUGUGGCCCGAAGGUGCGCAGGAUAUAAAAAAAACAACGAAACGACCCCUUACAGCUGGAACACUUUUUCAACGUUCCAUUGUAGAUCUCAUAAAUACGCUUUUGAAAAAAGAACCAUUUUACGUCCGCUGUAUUAAACCUAACGACAUAAAGAGUGCUACUGUAUUCGACGACGAACGUGUACAACAUCAAGUUCGCUAUCUAGGGUUACUAGAGAAUGUGCGCGUCCGUCGAGCUGGUUUUGUGCACCGUCAGAGAUACGAUAAGUUCUUAUUGCGUUAUAAAAUGAUUUCUCAGUAUACUUGGCCGAAUUUCCGAGCCGGGACCGACCGUGAUGGCGUGCGAGUUUUGCUUGAGGAAAAAGGUUUUGGGAACGACGUUAAAUACGGACAUACAAAAGUCUUCAUACGCUCGCCUAAAACAUUAUUUGCUCUUGAGCAGCAGCGGAAUGAAAUGAUUCCUCAUAUUGUUACUUUGUUACAAAAACAGGUGCGAGGAUGGAUUGCACGUCAAAAUUACAAGAAAAUGAAGGCUGCGUUAACUAUAAUGCGGGCAUACAAGACAAUAAAAUUACGAUUAUAUGUUCAAGACCUAGCUCAACGUUUUAGGAAUGCCAAAAAUACACGAGAUUAUGGUCGGAGUAUCCAAUGGCCGCAGCCUCCAUUAGCUGGACGAGAUUUAGAACCAAAACUAAGACGCAUUUUUAACUAUUGGAGAGCUUUUAUGAUUCUCCGUAAAUAUCCACGUAGUGAAUGGCCGCAACUGCAAUUGCAAAUAAUUGCUGCAGCAGCUAUAAAAAGUCGUCGGUCGAAUUGGGGUCAGCACCGAAAAUGGAUUGGUGACUAUUUAGCAAACUCUCACGAUAAUACAGGUUAUCAAGCGUAUACCACCAACGUUAGAAACUUAAAGAACAGAGAAACAUAUAAUGAUAUAUUAUUUUCCUCGUUUGUUAAGAAGUACAACAAACACAAUAAAACUGCCGAUCGUGCCUUUAUUGUAACAGAUACGACGAUAUAUAAACUGGAUGGCGCUAAGCACAAAUUUAAAAAUAUGAAUCGUUCUAUAUACAUCAAAGAUUUAACAUCGAUCAGUAUUAGCCCUGGACGUGACCAACUUAUAGUUUUUCACUCCUCUGAUAACAAUGACUUAGUUUUUGCUCUGAAAGGUGAAAACUGUGAGUUAAAAGAGGAUCGUGUUGGUGAACUUGUGGGUGUAAUAUGUAAAAAAUAUAUUGACAUUUGUCAGCGAGAACUACGUGUAGAUGUUAGCUCUACAAUUGCUUGUCGUCUAGGUGGUAAACCGCGUUCCAUUACCGUAAUGGGUGAAGCAGGAGUUGAUAAUCCAAACUUUCGACUUACAAAGGGUAAUAAUAUUAUUUUUGAGGUGCCACCAUCUUAUUGUGUUUAGUAAGUUCUUGAAUCGAGGUGUGUCUAUAAAUGUGCGAUGUAAAAUUAAAGCGCCUUUUUCUAUGUGAUGGAUUUUUUUACAUACAUAUAAACCUUACAAGCUUUAUAUUUUAUAUUUAUUAAUUAAAAGUAAACAUACAUGAUUAAUACUUUACUAUAUUCCAUACACAUUUACACGACUCAUUUAAAGAAUAUCUUCAUUUAAUUCUUUAUAUUCAAUGAUUUCGUUUGCUUUUUUUAAGAGUGAAAAGUAAAAAGUAUUAAGUCCAAUUUUAUUAAAUAACAUCAUUUUAUAUCAUAAUAAUCAAAAAUGCCAAAGUUUAAAGAUACAUAUGGACGUCUGAAUAUACGGAACUCAAUAAUUAUUUCACAAACCAGAUAUAAAAAUUAAAGCUUUAACAAUUAUAAUCGAUUAUAUAAAUGCCCUUAUAUAUAUGUAGAAAAAAAUAUUAUACACUAUGAUGCACUACACACUUAUACAUUUUUAUAAUAACCUAAAUAUUGUACUUAAAUCGUGCCAUCAUAUAAAUACAUAAGUAUAAGAUACACUUUUUAUUGGUUUGAUUUAUUGUUCUAACAGCAUAACUUCCUAAAGCAACCAAAUAUACGCUUAAAGCAUAUUUAAAACACAAUUGGAAAUUACUUUUCAAUGAGACCAUUGUGGACGUAUGAGCACACAUAUAUGCAUUUUAUAACAUAAUUCACAUACGUCAAAUACAGCUGUUAUCAGCUAUAUAUGUAGAAACGCAUACUUUUGAUAGGCGCUUUAUUGAGGGCAAUUAAAUUCUUAAAUGUACUGUUAUUUUAUUGUAUACAAAUUUAUUCUGUUAUCAUAUGUUUAUGAGAAUAUAUAUCUUCGUUUCUAAUUAGUUGAUUUCACAUAUUUUUUUAAAUCAUAAUUUUGAAACAUUUUUGAAGGCUAUUUUUAGCUGACAACAGCUGUAUAUACAAAUGCAAUAGACCCUCCUACAUUUUUUACUGAUAAAAUAUGCAUUUAUAUUUAUUCAUAAUAUAUGAAUAUAUAUUAUUAUAUUAUUCAUUCAUAUGAAUAUACAGUAUCCGACAAAAUUAUGUAUGCCCUAUGAAUGUAAACACCAAAAUGAUUAUUUUUUUUAAGCAGUGAAAUUUAUCGCUUUGAUUGUUUUUUUAGCUCUGUCGAUUUUUGAUCGAAACAUUCUUCCUAACCAACUUGUAUGUUUGGGCUCAUUAUCCUGCUGGUAUAUAAAGAAUCUUCCAAGUCCAUUUUUUGUGCUGAGGGCUGUAAAUUUGUACUCAGCAUCACUCCGUAGUACUCUCCCGUCAUUUGCCUUCGAUUAAUACCAGAUUUGAUAGACCAUUGUAGUUACAGAAACUAAAUUAUUUUCCUAUUUAAAUGGCAAAUAUUGCCACGGUAUAAAUACUUUUGUUGUGUGUAAAUAAAAGUCUUCAUUCUGCAAGCGAAACAAAUGCUAACGGUAAAUAUCAUACCAUUAUUAGUUGGUACCUUAUAGUAUCUACCAAUACUAUGUGCAAUUUUUUUUGCUGAACUCUUGGAAGAAACAUUCAAAUAAUACUAAAAAAAAGUGGUGGGGUAUCCAUAAUUUUGUCGGAUACUGUAUGUACUAUGUAAAUAUAUACACAUUUGUCGAAAGAAAGUUAUGCCUUAAGCAAUAUUGGAUAGUAGAGUUAAGUAUUGAAAAUGUUUCAAGUGUUUGUAUGUACAAUAUAAUUGAUGUUAACUUGUAUAACAAAACAAUGAAUUGUAAUAAAAUUAAUAUAUAUUAAUAUAAA